CUGUUUUCCUUUACUCUUCUUUCUUUUUUUCCUUAAUCAUCAUCAAAAAACUAGUCUUUUUUUUCUCCCUCUGAAUAUGGGGAAUUGUCAGGCGGUGAACGCGGCGGUUCUGGUUCUACAACAUCCCGGCGGGAAAAUCGACCGGUACUAUGGCUCUGUAUCCGUCAGCGAGGUCAUGGCUAUGUAUCCUGGUCACUACGUCUCUCUCAUCAUUCCCUUAACGGAGGAGGAAGAGAGGAAUAUUCCGGCGACGGUGAAGGGAGAUGAUAAGAAACAGAGGAAGGCUGUGAGAUUUACACGUGUUCAGCUUCUCCGGCCAACGGAGAAUCUCGUGCUGGGUCACGCUUACCGGCUCAUUACUUCACAAGAAGUGAUGAAGGUUUUACGGGAAAAGAAGAGCGCCAAGACGAAAAAGCAUCAGAUUGAGACGACGACCACGGUGAAGAAGUUGUCGGAGAAGAAAGUUCCGGAGAAGAAACAAGGGAAGCAAUUUCGUGUGAUAACGAAUUCAACUUCCCUUUUAAAGUCUAAAACAUGGAGGCCGUCUCUUCAGAGCAUCUCCGAAGCUACGAGCUGAAUGUUUUGGUUUUUGUUCGAGGGACGAGAAACAGUAUCUGGAUCUAGAGUUGAGAACCUGAUCUGAAACUGUACUGAAUAAACUUUGGUUUUGUUCCUUUUUUUUUUGCCUGGUUAUUACAGAGGAUGAACGGAUGAAGUGUAGAUCAAGAUGUGAAGAGAUAAGUACAGAGAAAGCUCAAGAGAGUCAGCAGAACAGAGCUUCUACUUCCUUUUUUUCUCUCUAUCGUCGAUGUAUAUAUUUUCGCAGAUGGAGAAAUCGAUGGAAGUUUGUAAGAAGUGUGGUUUUUUGUUGAUGUGAGAUUGAUUCAGAGGAAACAGAGCUUCUGAAUAUGAACAAUAAAGAGCUUUUAUUAUC